AUGAGAGGCAAACCCUAAGCUCAAGUAGCGUAAAAGCAAUAACCUUAGAAGUAAGGGAAUGCACGUAAACCUCAAGAGAGACCAGGAUUGACUGAUGAUGAAAUUGAUGAAAUCAGAGAAGCAUUCAAUCUUUUUGAUACUGAGGGUACUGGGAGAGUGGAUCCACGUGAAUUGAAGGCAGCUAUGUAGAGUUUAGGAUUCGAUUAAAAGAAUCCAACUAUUUUUAAUAUGAUUGCCGAACUUGAAAAUGAGGGAACUGAUGUUGACUUUGAUUAAUUUUUAGAUGCAAUUACGUCUAAGUUGGGUAAUAGGGAGAGCAAAGAUGGAAUCAAUAAAAUAUUUGAUUUAUUCGAUGAUGAUGGCAGCAAUAGUAUCAACUUGAAUAAUUUGAAAAGAGUAUCCAAAGAAUUGGGUGAGACCAUGACUGCUGAAGAAUUGGCUGAGAUGUUGGAACGUGCAGCUUCGAAUGGCAGAGAAAUUACAAGAGAGGACUUCUACAACAUCAUGGUUAAGAGGGCAUUUUGAUAACCUUCUAGACAAUGCAAUAUAUAUAUAAUUAAUAAUAAA